GUGUGUGUGUGUGUGUGUGUGUGUGUGUGUGUGUGUGUGUGUGUGUGUCUGUCCUCUCAGAGGCUACAGAGAGCGGAUGCGUGACUACCAGUUCAAGCGGCUGAAGUAUUUCUACGGCGUGGUGGAGUGCGACUCGGCCGACACCGCCGCCCACAUCUACCAGGAGUGUGACGGCUUCGAGUACGAGAGCAGCUGCUCCGUCCUCGACCUCCGGUUUAUUCCGGAUGAUGUCAGGUUUGAGGAGGAGCCGAAAGACGCGGCGACGGACGUGAAUCUCUCGGACUACACGCCCAAGCUGUUCACCUCGUCCGCAAACGCAACCUCAAAGGUGCAGCUGACGUGGGACGAGACGGACAACGAGCGCGUGACGGCGCUGAACAGGAAGUUCAACAAGGACGAGCUGCUGGCGAUGGACUUCAACGCCUACCUGGCCUCGUCCAGCGAAGACGAGGACGGAGAGGACGGCGAGGGAGGAGGGUUCCAGUUCGGAGCGCCGGAGAGUGGAGACGAAGACGCAGCAGCAGCCGAGGCUAAACGGCCGGCGGAGCCCGACGUCGUGGAUACGGAGAAGAAACCCGAGAAGAAGGAGGAGAAGAGAUGUAAGAAGAAGAGAAGCGAGGGUCAGAUCUCAAAGUACCGAGAGCUGCUGAAAGGAAUCCAGGACAAGGAGACGAAGCUGCACGAGGACAGGGACAUGGAGAUGGAGAUCACCUGGGUGCCAGGUACCGGGAGACAUGACGCCAUGAAUAACCAGUUCACUGCUGCCGUUGAAUUUGGGUGUUUU